GCAGAGUCCAUUGGUUUUCCCAUGUUUGGACCUUCUCCCUCCCCCCGCAAUGCCAACACGGACGUCGGUUCGCUAAAAAUUCAAACGGCAGAUUUCGCCCUCGCGUCCAAAUUUGGGUUGGAACAUUUCGAACGCGAUCGUCACCUCUUGACUUCAAAUGUCAAGGUGGUGAGAAAGGUUCGACCACCGUGA